UAUUGUUUUGUUUCGAAGUUUCUCACUAUUUUGGGGGGGGUGAAGGGGGGAGGAGGCCAAGCCGGGGGGAAAAUAAGAUCGGCAGUUUAUGGGGGAGUCGGGGCAGAGGUAGGUUAUCACGUGGUGCUGUUCUUCUUCUUCUUGUCUUGUUACAGAGUUGUUUGCGAGGUUUGCGAAACGAUGGUUUAGAGGACAGGGUUUGUUGGGUGAGGCUUGUUUAGCGAGGGAUGGGAGGGAAGGAGAGAGAGUCGUGGGCAAGGGCAUGAGUCGUAGCCGAGGUUCGGGGUUGCGAGUCAACGUGAACGGGCAUACUAUAGUGGCCGUUCGGGGGCGAGUUGGAGACGUGAUUGUGCAAUCCGCGUGUUACUCCAUGGAGGGAUAUUCCAUGCGCGGAGUUUCUUAUGUGGAGUUGGGUAGGUGCAAACAGAAAGUUCAACCCGCUGUGGGUUUUGCGAUGCAGAAUUCUGCAGCGAUGCCUUGCGGUGGAGUUUGUUUGAAUAUUUUUCGUCAUUUAGUGUUUGAGUUCAUGAACGGAAUGACGAAUUUGGAUAGUGAGAACGGCAUCUUGCGUGUUGGGGUCCACAUACUUUUGCUCAGAGUUUUUUUGCUGCGACUGCAGCAUGUGAUGAAGGAUGUUGGAGUCGCCCCACAGCCCAGGUCCACGAUGCCCACUGUGAUCGAGCUCAUGCAAGAAUUCCGGUGUGACACGUGACAAAUGGGUACUUUGAGACUACUAUUUUUGUUUACCUAGGUUGGUAAGAGCACCGAG